AUGAUCUCGCCUCCCCAGGUCCUCAAGAUCAGGCUGCCCGAAACCCCGCCGGCGUCGCCUCCGGAUGUGAAGCGUCCGCCGAGGCUCUCCCCAAGGAGGCCCGGGUAUAGCCCCGGGGACGAAUUUGACCUGCCCUUGCGCCUACGCAGUCCACUCGGUCCGAGUGCUCCCAGAGAUCUCCCGGGAGUGCUGGCCACGGUGGCUUCUACCCGGAGCACAUCUGUGCAGACGAACGAGACAGAUAGCCGCCAGACGGAGAUUCCGGUACAAUACCGAUCCAUGGCAACCCAGACCGACAAGGUCUACAUUAUACCCGGGACCACCGCCACCGCGAGUCCACAGUUCCUGCUCAGCAGUCGCGUCCUCUCCAGAGCAGACAGCUGGGACCAGUCCCCGGAAGAGGCCCCGAGCACCGCCAGCCCGCCCUCGAGCCCGACGGGGGCCGACCAGCCCAGGCCGCCGUGCCUCAACGGGAAGCCCGUGUCGGCACCCGAGAUCGAGAGCCUGGCCGCCCGCAUCGCGGCCUACGACCUCUCGGGCCAGCGGGAAACGAGGGCGGCCCCGUCAGCAGACGUGCCGCAGAUAGACUGGCGGUCCGGGGCGGCCGAGUUCUGGAAAGGCCAGGUCGAGCCGCUGGCUAUUCUGCUCGGCGGCGGCGGCGGCGGCAGGGCCGACAGGAUUGUCAUCUCUGCGGGAACGCUGGGGCCGCCGUGGAAGGCGGCGGCGGAGAUCCGGGGGCGGUUGCCGGAUGCGAUGUUUCGGUAUGUCCUGCCGGCGUCGCAUGGGCUCGGGGUUGAUGAUGAUGGGUGGGAGGAUGUCGCGGAGGAUAACGGCAUUGAUAGGACCGGCACGGCACCUGAAGCGAAGAAGCGGCGGCGGGAAGAGCAGAACGUCCGUGGCGGCGGUCGUGGGAAGCGCAGCAAGGUGGUGAUGAGUCCAGGGUCGCUGGGUGUGGUGUCGUCACAUACUCUUGGUGGCCGCGAGGCAGCGAUAUCUGAGGACUGUAGUGAGUGGAUGAUAGAACUCGAUUUACCUGGCUGGGAACUGGGGAGUCUGUGGUAA